CAUAACCUUUUAGAGUGAGAAAGAGAGAGAUGAGUAGUAGCAAAGCCAAUAAUACUAAUGGAGGUGGUCAUGGUGGGCCUUGUGGAGCUUGCAAGUUCUUGAGGCGGAGGUGUAUGGAAGACUGUAUAUUUGCACCCUAUUUUGACUCGGAGCAGGGCACCGCUCACUUCGCAGCCGUUCACAAGGUGUUUGGGGCUAGCAAUGCUUCCAAGAUGCUUAUGAGAAUUCCGGCACACAAGCGUCUCGACUCCGUCGUCUCCAUCAGUUACGAGGCUCUGGCUAGGGUUAGAGACCCCGUUUAUGGCUGUGUCGCUCACAUCUUCACUCUCCAACAACAGGUAGUAAAUUUGCAAGCAGAGUUAGCAUACAUUCAAGCUAGACUCUCUUCUUUGCAGUGUCUCCCUCUACCACCUCCUGAUCAACCUGCACAAACUCCUUCAACGGCGAAUCUUCAAUCGUCGCAUCUCAUGGCAUUGAAUUCUAACACAUCAAUGCAAUUUGAUUCAUCAACGCCAGUGGAGCUGGUAAGUUUGUGCGAUGCUCUGAAUCAGGAAAUCAUCGAGGAUGGCAAUGUUCAAGCACUAGCUCGUGAAUUUGUGUCUAAGUACUUGCCAGGUGUAAAAUUUCAAUGAGAUAUGUGAGGUUCUUGCAAAACUAGACUCGCGCUUGGCUCGUGCCAUUUUGUGGGCACCAUUACUUUCAUCUGGUAUUGACAUGAAAUUUUGAAUCAAACGCACUUCGGCUCUUGCGUACAUUUUGCUGCCUCCAACAUUUUUUAAUUGUAUUUUUGCUUGAUGCGUACCCUGAUUUCAUCCACUUUUCCAUUCUAAUAAACAUGAUGUCCAGUAUUCUAGAUAUAAUGGGCCUGUCACAGGCUAUGGAAAAUCC